AUGCAGCAGCUUCGCUGUGGUAGCCAGGAGUCGUUGCUAAGCAGCUGUGUGUCAUCUCUGGAGCUCAGGAUGGACCAAUCGGUGAUCAUCAAACCUGUUCACUCCUCCCUCCUGGGACAGGACUACUGCUUUGAGGUGACAACCUCGACAGGAACAAAGUGCUUCUCGUGCCGGUCGGCGGCAGAGAGGGAUAAAUGGAUGGAGAACCUGAGGAGAGCCGUGCAUCCCAACAAGGACAACAGCAGGAGGGUGGAGAACAUCCUGACGGUGUGGGUCAUUGAAGCCAAAGACCUGCCUGCAAAAAAAAGGUACUUCUGUGAGCUGUGUCUGGAUGACUGUCUUUACGCCCGGACGUCCUGUAAGCUGAAGACAGACAACAUAUUUUGGGGAGAGCGCUUUGACUUCGGCAGCCUGCCCUCCGUCACCUCCAUCACUCUUCAUCUUAACAAAGACACCGACAGGAAGAGGAAGAAGGAUAAGAGCAGCUACGUGGGGUUGGUCAAUAUCCCUGUUGCCAUGGUGACCGGUAGACAGCUGGUGGAGAAGUGGUAUUCGUUAAGCACGCCCAGCACCAUCCGGGCAAAGUCAUCUGUGCCGACGGUGCGAGUCAAAGCUCGCUACCAGAGCAUCGUCAUCCUGCCGAUGGAACAGUACAAAGAGUUUGCAGAAUACAUUAGCUCCAACUACCUGCUGCUCUGCAACACUCUGGAGGCCUCCAUCAGCCUGAGAUCCAAGGAAGAGCUUGCUUCUGCACUGGUCCACAUCUUGCACAGCACGGGGAAGGCCAAGGACUUCUUGACGGACCUGAUGAUGUCGGAGGUGGACCGUUGCCGUGACAACGACCAGCUGAUUUUCAGAGAGAACACGCUGGCAACAAAGAGCAUUGAAGAAUAUCUGAAGCUGAUUGGACAGAAGUACCUGCAGGACGCCCUUGGUGAGUUCAUUAAAGCUCUAUACGAGUCAGAUGAGAACUGUGAGGUUGACUCAUCUCGCUGUGCGACCUCUGACCUCGCUGAGCAUCAGGCCAACCUGAGGAUGUGCUGUGAACUCGCCUUCUGCAAGAUCCUUGACUCAUACAGGUUCUUCCCCCGGGAGCUGAAGGAGGUUUUUGCGUCAUGGCGACAGGAAUGCUGUAACCGGGGGCGACCAGACAUCAGCGAGCGUCUCAUCAGCGCCUCGUUGUUCCUGCGCUUCCUUUGUCCGGCUGUGAUGUCACCGUCACUGUUCGACCUCAUGCAGGAAUACCCCGACGAGCGUUCUGCCAGAACCCUGACCCUCAUCGCCAAAGUCAUCCAGAACCUGGCCAACUUCAGCAAGUUUGGGACUAAAGAAGAGUACAUGCUGUUCAUGAAUGAUUUUGUGGAGCGCCAGUGGAGCAGCAUGCAACGUUUCCUGCAGGAGAUCUCUAAUCCUGAUGGACUGAACCACACCGCCGGCUUCGAUGGAUACAUCGACCUCGGCCGAGAGCUGUCCAGCCUACACACCCUGCUGGCUGAGCUGGAUCAGGCGUGCCUGUCGAAGCUCGGCCCUCUACCUCGGAUAAUCAGAGAGGUUUCAGUGGCGCUGGCUAACCCUGGGGGCGUGUCCAUGUCGUCUCCAGAGCCUCAGCGUGUGGUUUCCCCGCCCCCACUGUCCCCGCCUCUCUCCCCUCCUCUUGCAGCGUGUAAUCCCUCUAUUGGCCUACAGGGCGGCGUUGGACUGGAUGGAGGUUUGGUAGACUUCACCAGACUUCCCUCUCCGACUCCAGAGAACAAAGACUUGUUCUUUGUCACCAAAGGAUCCUGUCUACAGCCCACGUCAGGUCAGCAGGGCUCUCCGGCAGUGAGCUCGUCGUACUCUGAGCCCAAUGAGAACGAGGCGGGUUUUGAGAUGGCCAAUGGGAGCAGGAGGGAGGGGCCUGAUCUGACCAAUGAGAGCCGCAGUCUGUCUCUGGUCGACUUGCAGGACUCUUCCCCGAGCGACGGCCUCGACGACGGCCAAUGGCAGCUCAGGACGGGGCUCCUCCCCCUCUCCUUCCAGAACCCCGUGUAUCACAUGACUGCCACGUCGCCGAGGCAACCAAUGGAUGCCACGCCCUCGGACGGCUCGGCGGGUUCGCAGGGAAAUCCCGAAGACAGAAACACCAUUGCAACCAAACCAGCGUUUCUUACACAGAUGUCUGUGGCGCUGGGCGGGGGGGAGAGGGUGUCGGCCAUGUCCAGCAGCAGCAGUGGAGAAGAAUACUCCCGACGAGCUUUGUCGGACACACUCACAGGUUGCCCCGCCCCAUCUCGUCAGACCACCUCGGGUCCUCAGAGACGCAUAGACCAGCCUCCUCCACCCUCCUGUGCUCCUCCAGGACCUCCUCGAGGUCGCACUCCGCCCAGCUUGCUGAGCGGCGGCGCAGGCAUCAUCCACCCUACUCGCCCUACCUCCGGGAGCAUGAUGUCAUCGAGUCCCGAUUGGCCGAGCAGUGGCCAGUCGCGACUUAGACAGACAUCGUCGUCAUCUAAGGGAGACAGCCCUGAGAAACAACGACCCACUGCCAAGGCCCCUUCUCCAUGUGCUUUGGACCGGACUGCCGCCUGGCUGCUCAACAUGAACUCCGCCUCCUCCUACGGUGAGGCAGAGGAUGAUCGCCAUGACGACGCCCUGGUAGAGAAGUACCAGCAGGAGAUUGCCUUGCUGCAGGAGAAGUUGCGAGUUGCUGCGAUGAGGCAGGACGAGUGUGAGGCCCGACUGCUGGUCCAGGAUCAGCAGAACCAGCGCAUGCUACAGGAGUACCAGGUGCGGUUGGAGGACACAGAGGGACGACUGAGGCGGUUGCAGGAUGAUAAAGAUCUUCAGAUGAACAGCAUAAUCAGCAGGUUGAUGGCAGUGGAGGAGGAGCUGAAGAAGGAUCACUCUGACAUGCAGGCUGUGGUGGACUCCAAACAGAAGAUCAUUGAGGCGCAGGAGAAGAGGAUAUCCAGUCUGGAUGCAGCUAACAGUCGUCUGAUGGCUGCUGUGACUCAACUGAAGGAGCGGUACGCAGUGACAUCACAGAGGAACGGCCUGUCUCCAAGCAACGCCUCGUCUCUGCAGAUCACAGAGAAUGGUGAAUUCCGGAACUCCGGCAACUCCUGAACAACCGGCUGCUCCUCUCUGAUUGGUUCUCUAAUCAACCAAUCUCAAACCUGUCAAUCAACUCUCACCUCGCAGAGUUGGACCUGACCUCCAAACUAUUUCAACCCCUGAUGCUAGGUUUACCUUAACAAUGCAUGUUUCCUUUUUGAAGUUAGUCUGGCAUCAUCUCUGUUAUUUCGUGUUACUGUAUCCUGAAACCUCCGACAAAGUGCACGCCGACACUCC